UAUAGAAAAUUCAGUUUGCUAACGUUUCUCGAAAGAGUGCCAGUGAAAAAGUGUAAAAAGAAAUAAAAUAUUCGAAUCAACAAAAAUGAAUGUCAACAAUGAACAAUUCAAUGACCCAAAAGGCCAGGGUAUGCCUCCACCAUACUCAGAUGCACCAGCAGGGCCUCUUCCCACUGUAGUACACCCAUACCCUCGCAUCCAGCCUGUAGGAGUGGCAUUCCAACAGACAUCAGGCGCCGAUGUCGUCCCUGUAAUCGUUGGCAACCGAGCCAUGGGCCCCAAGCCCAGCACGAUCACCUGCCCAUCUUGCAGAGUAGAAAUAGUCACAAGAGUAGAAUAUAUUAACUCUUCUAAAACCCACUUGUUUGCUCUUGGACUUUGCAUUGUAUUCUGGCCAUUGGUUUGCCUGCCGUAUUUCCUCGACAGUUGCCGGAAUGCUGACCAUUACUGUCCUAACUGCAACGCUUACAUCGGUAGCUACAACAACUAAGACCUCGCUUAAGAAAUUUAAGGACUAAAUUAAUAAGAAACUAGCAGCACGCC